CAAAGUUUACAAAAUUUGAUCGUGAAAAAUCAAAUGAGAAGAACAUUUUCGGACGAAGUAAGUAUAUAUUCUCUUCGAUGGGGUGUUUUAUUUCUUAGCUUGUUGUGUGUGUAUAUAUAUAUAUAUACACCGGGUGUAAAUUAACCCAACUACAAUAUAGCUCCAAGAUCAAACAUCAAGAAAAGAAAAGAGUUGAAUUAAUUAAUGGCAUCAAUAACUAAUGGGGAAUCCGUUGUUGGGGUUAAUACUUCACAAGGAAGCAUCACAAUAUCUUUUGAUGUGCGAGGUUUGAGGAAGGAAGAACUAAAAAUAGAGUGUAUUCAAAGAAGGAGAGGGCGAAACAAAGUGAGGAUAAGAGGAGAAAGGUUUGAAGAGGAGAUAGUCUUUUCUGAAGAUUGGGACGCCGGUGAUAUUCAUGCAUUGUUUCACAAUGGAAUUCUCACUCUCAAACUUGUCAAGAACAAGACCUCUAACACUACUAGUGCUCUAGCAUCAUCUUCAUCAUCAUCAUCAAUAUUAUCUAAUAAUGACGACGAUGAUGAACGAGUAACUGAAAUCAAGAUUUCCGAGGAACAAGGAAGAGGAGGAGGUAGUGAUACCAAACAUACUGUCAUGACCGCAGAGCAAAUACUUUAUGAUGUUGUGCAUAGGGAAGAUGCUGACACCCUUAUUGUCUCUUUGCCAUCAGGAUUGUUAAAGGAGCAAAUAAAGCUUCAAUUACUCAGAAAAGAGAGCCUGAGGAUCCUCCUCUUCUCCCAUCAUUCUAAAUGGAUCACCCUACAAAAAGAGUUCCCCCUCCCACCGGAUUGCCACAAAAACAGCAUCAAAGCAAAGCUCGCAGGCGGCGACAUUCUCUACGUCAUCUUUCCGAAAAAACGUAACGAUCCGUCGACGGCGAAACCGGCGGCGGUGGCGGAUUCUGGCGAGACGACCGGUGGCCGCCGGAAAAGACGGAGAAACAACGAAGAGGAGAAAGUUAUCACGGAGGUGGUAGGCGGUGACGGCGAUUAUGGUGAACAGAUUAAAGCAAGAAAGGUGAUGAAGCUUCGGCGGCAGCCGCCUAUGAAGUGGUUGAAUGUGGCGGCGGCUGUGGCGGCCCUAGCGGUGGUUGCAGGUGUUGCCAUGUAUAUGUCAACACCAUAAAUAGUUAUAUAUGUAAUCCUUGUGUAAAUGUAUUUAUUCGGGUCAAAUUGGUCUAUAUAUGUAUGUUGCACCAAAUUCAUCAAUUGGUCCUUAUAACUAAAAAAAAUGUGAAUUAAUUGAGUCAUAUGUC